GCCUAUCUGAAAGCUAUGAUGAGCUUCAAAGACCCACCAACCCUCCAGCAGCUGGAAAGAAGAAGUCUGUUGAAAGAUGAAGCCUUNACCAUCUCUGCUCUGCCGAACCUGCCUGUGCAACUCUUCCCACCACUCUUCAAGGAUGCAUUCACCAGCAAACAACCUAAGAUCCUGAGCCUGGUGGUGGCAGCAUGGCCCUUCCCACUCCUUUCUGUGGGAGCUCUGAGUGGGAUUGAUAACCUGGAGACCCUGAAAGCUGUACUAGAUGGCCUUGAGUUGCUGAUGUCACAAAAGGAUCGACCUAGCAGGUGGAACCUACAAGUGCUUGAUUUGGGAAAUGCCCACCAGGACUUCUGGGAUGGUUGGGCUGGAUUACUUCAUGAAGUCUGNUCUCAAGAUGUCUUUGGCAAGAACCAACCAGUGGGAAAUCAUCNCAUCCUAGGGGNGAAACAGACCAUGACUAUAAAAAUGAAUCUUUCCCUCAAGUACUGCCGUCAUUUUGAAUACCUAAACUAUUUGCAUUGGUGGGCCGAACAGAGAAAAGAUGGGAUACAGCUGAUCUGUGAGAAGCUGGAUUUUAGGGGCAUUCCUUGUAACCCGCUGCGAUUCUUGAAGGUUUCAUAUGUAGCCUCAAUCCAGGAAUUGGCAAUAAAGUCCACACACUGGAAUAUAUAUAAACUUUCAUUGCUAGCCCCUGGCCUGGGCCAGAUGAAAANCCUCCAGAAACUCAUUUUCAUGAACAUCAGGAGACCUGCUGACCUUAGGGAACUAGAGGAAGCCCGUAUUGUUACAGAGAUCUUUUCUGAGUUCUCCAAACUGCAUAAGCUCCAGCAUCUCCAUUUACAUAAUGUCUACUUCCUGAAUGAAUGCCUGGACCUAAUGCUCAGGCUUUCAGAAUCAGACAUGAGGUAUCUGNCCCAGUGUCCAAGCAUCCAUCAGCUCAAAUAUCUGGACAUUAGUUACAACACCUUCAAGCCUUUAAGUCAUCGAUUUCUAGGAAGCCUACUAGAAAGACUGACAGCUACUCUGCAGACAUUAAAAUUGAAGUGCUUUAACCUCAUGGACUUCCAAAUCCAUGACCUUCUGCCUGUGCUGAGCCAGUGUUCCCAGCUCACUGAAGUUGAUUUUGUGCCGAACAAAUUUUCCAUGGGCAGCCUGAAGAAGCUGCUGCAGCAUACUGCCAACCUCACACAGCUGACCCUGGAGAAGUACCCUGCCCCUGUUGAAGUCUAUGAUGACCGUCAUGGUAUUAUUCCAGACAGAUUUGUACAACUUUGUUCUGAGCUUAUGAACACACUCAAGGGUGUAAGGCAGCCAAAGCAGGUCUAUUUUGUGAGUACGACAUGUUUACCUAAUUAUGAAUUCCUCAUUUAUAAUUUGGAGGGCAUGGUAUCUUCUGANCAAUUAAGAAGGAGAGGUCAUUGCUGGGCUCUGAUAAAUGGAGGGCAGGUCUCAAGAGACUCAUUAGAGUUAUAG